AGAAGGAAAAUUAGUUUCCUUCGCUCUCAGGUAUCUUUUUAUUUUCGCUUCAUUUCAGUCUCUCUCAACUACCGAACCAGCUGAAGUUGAAGAAGCUGAGAACAUAAAAACUCUCUUCUCUCUUCUUUUUCCCUUCAUUUAUUUCCACAGCUUUGCCGAUCGUCUCUCUCCAGCUUUGCCGAUCGUCUCUCUCCAACUCGGCUGUUGUGUGUUUUCAGUCAAUGCCUAUAGCCGGGAAGAAGAUAGCAGCAACCAUGCAAAACGGCGUCGUAGAGAACGGGGUUUGCUCGUCCGCGUCGGUGAAUGGGAGUCACAAUGUCUGGAGUUCUAAUGAGUCCGAUUCUUCGUCUGCUGACCAUCUCGUUGUCAUGGUCCAUGGAAUUAUGGGAAGUGCCGCAGAUUGGAAGUUUGGAGCAGAGCAAUUUGUUAAAAUGCUUCCUGACAAAGUAUUUGUUCAUUGUAGUGAACGGAAUGGUUCUAGGCUGACUCUGGAUGGUGUGGAUGUAAUGGGGGAGCGAUUGGCAGAGGAGGUUGUCGAACUGACUCAAAGAAAGCCAAAUCUAAGUAAGAUCUCAUUCAUUGGACAUUCUGUGGGAGGACUAGUGGCAAGAUAUGCAAUUGGGAGGCUAUAUAGACCCCCUAAAAGUGAAAAUUCGGAACUUUCAUCUCCUAAUGGGAGUGAAGAGGAUCCAAGGAGUACGCUAUGUGGCUUGGAGCCUAUGAACUUUAUUACUGUUGCUACACCUCAUCUUGGUUCAAGAGGUAACAAGCAGGUACCAUUUCUUUUUGGUGUGCCUGCCUUUGAAAAGGUUGCUAGUGCGGUCAUUCAUUUGAUAUUUAGGAGAACAGGUAGGCAUCUUUUUCUUAAUGACGACGACGAUGGAAAGCCUCCGCUGCUUAAACGCAUGAUAGAGGAUUAUGAUGAAUGUUACUUCAUGUCUGCGUUGCGUAGUUUUAGACGUAGGGUGGUGUAUUCAAAUGUGGGCUAUGACCAUAUCGUUGGCUGGAGAACAUCAUCUAUUAGACGUAACAGUGAACUGCCAAAGUGGGAGGAUACUGUUGAUGAAAAAUAUCCACAUAUUGUUUAUGAAGAACAUUGUAAGGCCUAUGAUGCUGAGCAGUGUGAGCCUACUUCAGUGGAAAAUGAUGGCUCUGACAAGCUUGAAGGGGAACUAUUGACAGGCCUAUCUCGUGUGUGCUGGGAAAAAGUAGAUGUUAGCUUCCACUGCAGCAGACAUAGAUUUGCUGCUCAUAGUGUCAUUCAGGUCAAAGAUCAAAGCGUACAUAUAGAAGGUGAAGAUGUCAUACGUCAUAUGAUUGAUCGUUUCCUCAAAUAGAACCGAAUGACCACGAGAUGAAUUGUCGAUGCAACCUAGGCCUGACUCUGUGGUUAUUUCAGUAAUGGAUGCUACAAUGAGUAUGCUGCUGCUGCUGCUGCUGAGUGCUGAGAAUUCCACGAUCUGUGCACACCAUUAAAUUGUAUCUGAAAAAUUACCAGCCAAAAAGCAAAUGUAUCUGAAUUUUAUUGC